AUAUAUAUACGUAAAAAAAAAAUUAUGUGAUGUUUGCAGACGGGAAUGAAACUAACGUGGAAGAUAACAACUUAUGAAACAUACAAGGCAGCAUGAGUUCCAAUGAGAGUACCCAAACUAUUCCCAGAGUGUCCAUUAACAUUCAUAGUUCAACUACUUUCCAUGGAUUCAAACGUUGUGAACAGGCCAAGAGGUGUAGACGAAAGACGAAAAACAAUGGUCGACAUCUAAGUCCAUUUCAGGAUUGUGACGACAAAAUACAUAUCCUGAAAAUUCUUACAAAGAAUGACAAGAACUGUGUCCAUUUAUAUCCUUCUAUAAAAUCGAAGAAAAAGUGCAGGAAAAGGAGAGACAAAAAGAUUUCAAGACCAACAUUCAGAGUCUCCAUCCCCAUUUUACGAAUUAACGAAGAAGGCAAAUUUGAAUCAGACUGUGAAGAGGAUUUAGAAGAUUUAGAAGAAAUCAGGAAAAGUAUUGAGGAAAAAAUUUCAAAGGGGAAGUACAUGUUUUCAAAGCAUGAAGAAAAGGACAUCCAUAAGAGGGCAGAGGACUAUUGCAGAACUGUUGCUGCAGACAUAUACCAUUAUGUCAAGCCGGGAGAAACAGAAUCACAUUUAAAAUAUCCGUCCUUUUUGGCAAAUAAGGAUUGCUUUCAUCUGAAGUACCUUCCAUCAUAUAAAAGGCAAAGCUAUGAAACUCGGAAUUGCUACGUCAAAAGCCAUGACGAUAUGGAUCCCUAUGACAACACCAAAUUGCUGCCUAUUGGUACCAAGCUUUUGAGGCCUUCGGGGAAAGUAGUGGAGCUAGUGGCAAAAGUACUCCAGGAAAGUCCAAAUGGUCUGCUACAAGUCCCCCAGAUUUAUGCUGCUUUACAGAACAAGUACCCUUACUUCAGAUAUAUGGAGAAAUCGGCCAUUAGUAGCUGGAGGUCCUCAGUUCGUCAUGCUUUGUACCAGAAGUGGUUUAAGAAAGUAAAGUUCUUUGUGGCAGACAUCCAAUGUAAGGGUUCGUACUGGGCCCUCAACACAGAACCUGACCCACCCAAACGAAAGAAGCUAGCGAAAAACAAAACAGAUUCCACCCAAGCAACUGAAGGAACAGAAUUCAUAGAGGAAGCAGAUGAAAAAUCUACUAAAAAAAAGAGAUCAAGAAAGAGGAAAAAGGAGUGUCACCUGCAAUUCAGAUCCAAUGGGGAACUGGUCGAAAUAAAAGAAAAUCAAAAAGAUGUCCGUAAUCACAAUGUUACCAACAGUCUUCAGGACCUCCUGAAUAUAGCCAAGCAGUAUGGGCUCACUAUAUCUCUUGCUAGCACUCCCAUUCCAAUGAAAACUGAAGUGGAGGAUGGCUCCAUAUUUCCAGGUGAUCCAGUUCUCUCCAGCUUGCCUAUAGCUCACCUAAAUCCAGAAGCAAAUGAACCAACACUCCCUAUUUCUGAUUGGAAUGUGAUGAAUUCAUCCUUUAUUUCUGGAACUGUAAAUACCCGGGGGUCUGAAAGGAAUUUGGUGUCCCACCCUUUACUACCUAGCAUCAGUAGGUAUUCCAGAAGUGCGGAUUCAUCUUCAGAAGAAGGGGUACCAGGAACCACAUUCAACAGAAUCAAACAAACCGUACAUUCGCUGGAGAAAAACACAAAAUCCUACUCUCAUGAAAUGUUAUGCAAUGUACAAUCAAUAUUCACCGAUUCUGAUAUAUUGUAUGUUAAUAAGGAUUCGGCAGACUCUGACAGUGAGGAGAGAUUCCUGUCUCGAGAUUCUGAGAUAUUAUAUGUUAACAAGGAUUCAGCAGAAUCUUACUGCCAGGAGAGAUUCCUGUCGAGAGAUUCUGAAGAGAUGACUGAAAACAUCGAAUCUGAAGAGUUAAGCGCUGUAAAUUCUAUUUGUCACAAGUCAGAUGAAUACGACAAUUGUUGCAUGCUUUAUGAAGAGGAGGACAACCAUUCAGUUGGAGUUAAAUCUUUGUCAAACUACUACAAUGUUCAUCAUGCCUCAGAGCCAGAUAGAUUCUAUUCUGUACCCAGUCCUAUAAGUGAUGACUCAAACAGCUGUAAUUUAGGUGACUCUGAAUUUCUUGACAGAAUCUUGCAAAUUGGAGGAAAUCCAGCAGAGGAACUGAUGAGGGAUGAUUAUCUAAUAGACACAACUUUGAUUAAUGAAGAUUCUUUCUUCCAGCAGUGCAAGUUUUUUGAUAACAUGGACGAAUAAAAAGACAUCUAAUGCC